CGCCACCAUACCGUGCCGAAGAAAGUUCGCGUGCUGCCAACCAGUCUAGAUUGCUAGUGACGCCCCAUCUACAUUCCACCAGCACACAGUCUAAGUCAGGUCGCUGCGCAACCUUUGGCCAGCCUGCAUGUUUUUGGGCGAGUGAGGAUUGAAGUAGGAUGCGCUCGAAAUCCCGCGACCCGCAGAGGGUGAGAAGAGAAACACAUAUAUAGAGGCCAAUCUCUCGACCAAAGUUUCGCUUCUGUUUCUUCAGCAUCAGUUCAAGUCACAAUCUUCACUCUGCUCUCUCUCUCCUCCUCUUAGAUCUCCAUCUACCAACCUCUAGCCAAAAUGGUUUCUUUCACCUACAUCGCUACGGCUUUUGCCUUUGCCGUCGGCACCGUCUACGCUGAUGACUCCGACUGCACCACCAGCACCACUCCCACUCCUACCACCACUGACUGCCCUCCUACCAGCAGCUCUGUUCCUCCUACCACCAUGUCCACCAUCUGCACUACCAGCGAUGGCGGCAACGUUGGAGGCAGCAGCACCACCAGUGCCAAGCCCGAGCCUACUCCCGCUGAGGGCGAGUACUGUGGCUCCGGCAUGGAGCUUAACUGCUGCAACCGCCAGAUUAACACCGAGACUGCUGAUAUUGGUCCUCACCAGUCUGGCCUCCUUGCAGGUCUUGCCAACGGUGUUCUCGGUGGUGACGGCAGCUCUCUUCUCGGUGACUGCUCUCCCAUUGACGUCGCUUCCCUCAUCGGUGGUGGUGCCCUUCUUAACGGACAGACCUGCGAGGGCCGCGUUGCCUGCUGCAACCGCUCCCAGGCCGUUGCCGUUGGUGGUCUCAUCAACCUUGCUCUCCCUUGCAUUGCUAUCGGCUCCAUCGCCAACUAAGAUCCUUCGGCGGGAUUUGUACAAUAUCUGGCAUAUGUGAUACACUUAAUAGUAUGUUGGCGGUUUUUAAAUAGGUUGAAAUAAUAUCACGGUUUUCACGUCUU